AUGGGUGUUGCCAUCGAGAAGACGAUUAACGGCGAGGUCUUCCGCGGCAAAGUUGAAGACAUCGAGGUCGGCCAGAGAUCUCGAGAUCGACUCUAUCGAAUCCGGUACACAGACGGUGAUCUGGAGCACAUGGAGGAGCACGAAGUCAGAUCACUUCUGCUGCUCCACGCAGGCAGCGCCAGGGACCAGGCAGCUUCGCAACCCCAGGCCGCUCUCCACGAGGAGAAGGGGAAGCAAAGCACCGAAGAGGUUGCUGAUGAUUCAACCGAUGCUGUGGCAACGUCUUCGAAGCGACAGCGGAUUCAGGAGCCCAAGAACGAGGAAGAGAAGAGCGCAUCCGACCAGACAAUGACGGUGGAGCCAGAAGAUGGCGAAGAAAACGGGAUUUACAACAUGAUCUCGUCAAAAGCAACAAAGUUCAUGGAGGUCGUUUGGGGUCGCUCUGAAGCUCCCGUGCCGGGUACAGAGGUGCCUCACGAAGAGGCGGUCAAAGGAGGCGCCGAGCAGACAGAGGCGAAGGAGCCCCUCGAAAAAGAUUCCGAGAUUCUGCCAGUGCCCGCAGCGACGCCCUCAACUCCGACUGGCCCCAGGACAGCUCUUGCCAACCCUGCCACAUGGCUUCGAAUUUUGGGCUGCGUGAAGCUCUAA